AUGUCUACAACACCUGCAGUCAAGUAUAAGCCGGUCUCUGACGACGGUUUCGAGGACGUGAAGACCGACGACGACCACGAAGAAUACCCCUUGGAUCAGAGAAAAUGGAACUCCUCGUUUGCCAACCGAAUCCCGGAAUCCGAGGUACACCGACUUGGCAUGGAGGCAGACGCGAUACCUUUCAACGAUGGAGAAGGCGGCUAUCUUGGGGGCCUUGCUAUGGUGCAUAACUUACACUGCAUCAACUAUUUGUACCAGGUUGCGCAUAGAGAGUACUAUUACACUCCCAAUACCACGGAGAAGGAGGAUGCAACUCAGAAGAGUCAUAUUGGACACUGUCUCCAUCAUAUCAUGGAGUCCGUGAAAUGCCAGGCAGAUUUGACCCCCGUUCUACUUCAUUGGACUCUCCACGAUUUCCACUCGGUCAUUAACUGGGACGGUGUCGAACGUACCUGUGCCGACUGGUCACAGUUGAUGGACUGGGGUUCAGAGCAUUCCGUGAGAAAGUCUACUUCCAUAUCUCAAUUUACAGACACGAAGCAUCCAAUUUACGGAAACUUCUUAGACGAACACGGCAAGUUCAGCUGGGUAGAUCAAGAGGGAGGUGUUGACUAUAAGGAGUUUUUCAAAACGCCAGAGUACCAGGAGUGGGCAAAAGAACAGGGGCUCGCCUCAGGAGAGGCCGCGGCGGAAGAGUAUCUAAGGUCGUUUUACGUCAAGCAGUGA